AUGGAGAAACCGCAUUGGACUAAGGUGACCGGCUGCUUCGGUGACCUCGGCGGUCAGUAUGUCCCGGAAGCAAUGAAGACCUGCCUUGCUGAGUUAGAGGCAGGGUUUAACUCUGCUGUCAAUGACCCUGGAUUUUGGAAGGAGUAUCACUCCUACGGCCUAAGUGAUCAUGCCCGUGGCGCCGAUAUCUGGCUCAAAAGGGAAGAUCUGAACCACACUGGAUCCUACAAGAUUAAUAACGCUCUUGAAACAGGCGCAGGACACCAUGGCUAUGCUACUGCUAAUGUAUGUGUCAAGUUUGGUAUGAAAUGCACUAUAUUCAUGGGCGCCGACAAUAUCCGGCGCCAGGCAUUAAAUGUCGCCCGCAUCCGUCUGUUUGUCAAUCUUAAUACAACACAUUUCAUUAUUGGUUUGGCAGUUGGGCCACACCCGUUCCCUACAACCGUACGGACAUUCCAAUCUGUCAUUGGCGAUGAGACAAAAUCCCAGAUGAAGCAGGAAUUAGGAAAGCUUCCGGACGCUGUAGUGUUAAUCGGUGUUGAAGCCGGCGGUGACGGGCUAAAUACCUCUCGCCAUUCAGCGUCAUUGUCCAGUGGCUCAGUGGGAGUUUUAUAUGGUGUCCGGAUAUAUGUCUUGCAGGACCAAAAUGGACAGAUCUCAGAUAGUCAUUCAGUAUCCGUAGGCCUUAAUUAUCCGGGCGCUGAGCCCGAGCUUGCGAAUUUGAAGUAUAAUAAUCGAGCAACAUUCCUUGUUGCAACUGAUAACAGGUGUUUGAGAGGGUUUUCGGCUCUUAAUCGGCUGUAA